UUCUAUUUCCCCGCUGUUUAUCUCCCCCAUCCCCGGCGCAGGCAGGAUGGCAUCGCCCGUCUCGCAGAAGCUGGAGGAGAAGCUGGUGUGCUCCAUCUGCCUGGAGCUCUUCAAGGUGCCCGUCACCUUGCCCUGCGGGCACAACUUCUGCAAGUCCUGCAUCAGCGACCACUGGCACAAGCAGGAGCGGGCGCCCAGCGGGGCCGAGCAGGGCUACACCUGCCCCGAGUGCCGCCGGCACUUCCAGCACUGCCCGGAGCUGGAGAAGAACGUCAACCUGUGCAGCGUGGCAGAGCUGGCCCGGGAGGACGAGGUGCGGGUCCUGGCCACCGAGAGGGGCGAGGUGACCCGUGGCGAGCUGUGCCCGCAGCACGGGCAGCCGCGGAAGCUCUGCCGCCGGGAUGAGCAGCGCUGCGUCUGCUGCCCCUGCACCCCCCGGCCCUGCCUCCUGGAGCAGGAGCGCUCUAAAAAGCAGGACCUUUUGAAAAAGUCUGUGGAAAAAGCCCAGGAGGAGUCAGAGAGGAUUGUGCAGGAGAUGCAGGAGCUGGAGGAGCAAACGCGCAGCAUCAAGGACUCCUCUGAGAGGCUCAAAUCGGUGGUUCUGAGCAAGUUCACCCUCCUGAGGAAAGCCCUGGAGGAGAGGCAGUGGCAGACGGUGGCCAGGAUCGAGGAAGAGCAGGCAGCAGCUCUGGGGCACGUGGGGGACAACUGGAGCCUCCUGAAGGAACGUCUGGAUGUCCUUGGCCAGCACAGGGAGAGGGCUCAGCGCCUGCUGGCCUGUCCUGACCACAGGACCUUCCUCCAGGAGUUCCCCCUGCUACCAUUUCCAGGGAGCCUAGAGGUGCUGCUCCCUGUGGAGUUUGAUGCAGCUGCUGUGGUUGAGCCCAUCACUGAGAUCCUCACUGACAUCUCCAGGCUCCUGCUGGAGUAUCUGCCUGGCUCUGUGGCCCACAAAGCCCCCGACCCCACUGGCCAAGGCCCGGUGCAGCCCAAGGAGCCAACGCUGAAGGUGGUGACCCCUCUUCCCAAGUGCCAGCUCCGAGCUGAGCUUCUGAAAGACCACCGCAACCUGACCUUCGAUCCCCAGACGGCCAACAAGUACCUGGAGCUCUCAAAAGGCAACCGGAAAGCCAAGCACGGCCCCAGCGCCGUCUGCGGGCUGCAGGAGCAGGGACCCCGCUUCCAGCCCUGGCAGGUGCUGUGCGCGCAGAGCUACGACCGCGGCCAGCACUACUGGGAGGUGAAGGUCUCCAGCCACUCCGUCAUCCUGGGGGUCACCUACCGUGGUCUCCCCUGGGAGCAGCAGCAGGGCCACAAGUUCAACAUCGGGCUGGACGGGGGUUCGUGGGGGCUGCAGGUGCGGGAGGAUUGUUACCUGGCCUGGCACAAGGGCCGGGCGGAGAAAAUCCAGGAGAGGUUCUAUAAGGACUUGGGGGUCAGCCUGGAUUACAGCAGGGGGCUCCUCUCCUUCUACGGGCUCGGGGAGAGGACGCAGCUCAUCCACUCCUUUCACAGCGUCUUCACCAAGCCUCUCUACCCCGUCUUUUGGCUGUGUGAGGGGCGGGUGGUGAUGCUGUGCUAGAGGACUGGGCUGGAGCCACCGGGCUGCUCUGUUAGCCAGGCUGGCAAGCUCCAGGCUGGUGCUGUAGCCAACCUGUCAGGGGGUGAGGGGGACCCUGAUGCAGAGACGGGAGCGGGGUGCAGUGUUUUAACAGGAGCUGAUGAGGACAGAGAUGCAAAUGAACCCACGCUGAUUUGAUACCUGCAAAUACCAGGCUGGUGACUCACGGUAGGGCAGGGGAAGGGGCACCCAGACAAGGCUGUGCCCUUGUGGUGGGGGUGAAGCCCCUGGUCACUGUGCAUGGGGACAUGUGCAGGUGCCUGUCCCUGCAGAUGUGGGUGAAGGAGGGGGACAGGGAGGCUGCAAGAAUUAGGUUUUUCCUCUUUCUUCCACCCUGGACAAACCUUCCAAGCCUGGGGAAGAUUUGAGGGGGUGCUGCAGAACAAUGCAGAGGGAGCUCUGUGCUCCCCCAGCCUCGUGUGCAGGCAGGUCCUGCUCCCCUCACUCCUCCUGGUCCCCUCCUGCUGUGGCAGACAUUCUUUCUGGGGUUGCCAUGCUGCAGUUGGUCUUUGUGCAAAGCUGCUUUUCCCAAUAAAGCCCUGUUUUCCUACUGGUUCGACUUUGGUGAGAGCCAUGGGACCCAGUGGCACUGUGAGGGUGAGCUGGGUGCCCCUGCAGGGCCCUAUCCUGCCCCUCCAUGUUCCUGGGGGGGGGGGGGUUUGGCAUUGAGAGCCAGCCCUGUGUAGUAACUGGCUGGGGGCAGAACUAUAAGGUGCUUUAUUUACAGCUGCUGUGAUAAGGAAACCUGGUUUCCUGCGGCUCUGCUCCAAGGUUCAUCUGGCACAGAAGAAAAUCUGAAGUUUUGAUUGAAGCUUUUCCAAGGCUGAGGCAACAAGUCUGGCAUCUCCUGCCACCCCCCUCAGGGACUCUGGUGAGGACUAAUGGGCGAAACUGGGCACUGGGUUCAAAGGUGCUGGGAACGUGCAGGCACACAGGGAAUUAAUCGCAUCAGCUUGUUUCCUCUGGGGAAAAAAGGCUUCAAAGCAUUAAUCUGCUUCCUUGGGGGCAGAUGCAUUUUGUCCUGCUGUGUUUCCUCCUUUGCUUCACACCUCUCUGCUCCUCCUGGCCCUGUCCUUGGGUGGGACCUUGGGCCAGCAUGGACCUGGGAAUGUAUCCAAGCUGAAAAAUCAUCAGUGUACCCUCCACAGGAGGUGCUCAGAGAUCCUGUGUUUACCAGGCAGAUCCUUGGACUGAAAGCAUGUUGGUGUCCCACCAGCACCAUCCCUGCCUGGUGCCUGCUGGCUCCUGCUGAGCCCUGGACUGAGCCAGGACGUGGACAUUGUGGCCCUUUUUGGCCCUGGAAAUGGCUGACAUAGGGUCACUGGCCCAAGGGAUGGCAGGAAAGCACCUGCACCCGUGUCCUGCGGGGAGCUCAGGACACUUCAUGUAGCCCUGGGGUGGGAAACAGCUCCUUGGGUGGCAACAGGUUCUGGGGCAGCACAUCCUGGGGGGCAGCAGAUGCCUGUGGGGGCAGUAGACUCCUGGGAGAGGGAUGGGAAUGGGCUGGCAGCAGCUUCCCUUGCCAGGAGAUUUUGGGGGUGUGCAGCAGCUACCCCUGGGAGCAGCAGACUCCCGGGGAGGGUCCAGAUUCCAGUGGGGCCGAUCCUUUAGG